AUGAAUGCACGCAAUCAUCAGUUCCAGUUAACUGUUGAUGAACAUCAGGUACGAGAUGCAGUCUCAACAGUCUUCCACACUAUUCUUUUGCACAGGAGCGUGCCUAAAAUGCAUUAUACUAGUGAAAUAAACUUUCAACUCGGGUCUAUUGGUGUUGAGGAAGUGGAUUGUAGCACUUUGAAUUUAAGCUAUGUACGUGUAAAUAGUCCAAAACUGGUUUCAUGCUUGCAUGAGGAAAUUGAUUCUUUCGUGCAGUGUAUUUGGCAUUCCAUUGAAAGUGUUGCCGCGCCUCGUUUCUAUUCUCCACCACCAGUAUCACUGCCCACUUAUUAUGGGACUCCACUUCUGAAUGCUAAGAUUGAUUUAGAAUUCUAUCAAAAAAAGAAACGGUCAUGGCCGUUAUCAGAUUACGAAAUCCCAUGGGAAAUAUGGCAGAUGCAACUCGGUGUAGUUAGAAUCAAAGAACGGGAAUACUGGGAACGAAUGCGAGAAGAGGUAGCGGAUUCGGUAUCAGAGAUUGUGCUGAAAGCAUGCUCACUGAUUAGUCGACCUCAAUACAUGCCACAAAUGCCUGCACGUUCGGAAGUGACGAGUAUUUUUGAUACAAGUUUUCUUGAAUGUCAGCCGUAUCUUUUCAGAGUAGUCAAACAUCCACUCGAUUCGGGUCAAAAUACGGAAAGCACUUUGAUGACAAUUGGUGCAUCUGCGGUCAAAAAAAUGUUGAGAGAUACGUUUUUGUCGUAA